UUUGUACUCAAAACCAUUUGGUAAUUGCAGAAUUUGUAUGAAGUAUUUUGUAGUAGAAUAACCACUAAAGAACAGGAACCGAGCAGGUUCAGAGAAGAGAUGCAGCCACUCUCACUACCUAGAGACUGCAAUCUCCAACGACUACAUUUCCCGUCUUCUACGAGCACAGCAGCUCCCACUACUGCCAUUUUACUCCAUGGAAGCAAGAAUCUGAUAAGCUUCAACUCGUUCAACAAUGGAAGAAAGAGUUCUAAAAGAUUCAAAUCAAUUGCGUCUUCUAUUACUAUGAUGUCUUCUGGAGGAGAGGGAAUAAGCUCUGAUUCGCCGGUGAAGUCGAUUCGCCGACUGCUUGAUUCCCCUGGACUCCACCAAGGCCCUGCUUGCUUCGAUGCUCUCAGUGCUAAGCUCGUCCAAGAUGCUGGUUUUGAUUUUUGUUUCACUAGUGGGUUUUCAAUUUCAGCUGCCAGAUUGGGAUUACCUGAUGUGGGUCUUAUAUCCUAUGGAGAAAUGGUGGAUCAGGGGCAAAAAAUUACAGAUGCUGUGUCAAUACCAGUGAUUGGUGAUGGUGAUAAUGGAUAUGGUAAUGCCAUGAAUGUGAAGAGAACUGUAAAAGGAUACAUCAAAGCUGGCUUUGCAGGAAUCAUUCUGGAGGACCAAGUAUCUCCGAAAGCUUGUGGUCACACUAAAGGCCGGAAAGUCACCUCCAUUGAUGAAGCAGUAAUGCGAAUUAAAGCAGCUAUAGAUGCCCGAAGAGAAAGUGGUUCAGAUAUUGUCAUUGUGGCAAGGACAGACUCUCGUCAAGCUGUGUCUUAUGAAGAAUCAUUACGUAGAUCUCAGGCCUUUGCUGAUGCAGGAGCUGAUGUUCUGUUUAUAGAUGCGUUAGCUUCUAGAGAUGAGAUGAAGGGCUUCUGUGGAAUUUCCCCGUCAGUUCCUAAAAUGGCCAACAUGCUAGAAGGAGGAGGAAAAACGCCUAUUCUCACUCCUAUUGAACUUGAAGAAAUUGGAUACAAAAUUGUUGCUUACCCUCUUUCUCUAAUAGGGGUCUCAAUUCAAGCAAUGCAGGAUGCUUUGCAUGCAAUUAGAAAAGGGCGGAUUCCACCUCCAGGAAGUAUGCCUUCAUUUGAGGAAAUCAAAGAUAUUUUAGGUUUUAAUAAGUACUAUGAAGAGGAGAAGCGAUAUGCUUUAUCCAUGACGCAGCAAUUUUCUCCGACAGUUGUUGGCAGUGGUUACAAUCUUAUACAGGAUGAUGAUAAGAGCAACUUGAAUGAGAAUGGACAGUCUCCCAAAGAUCCUCCACUUGAAGUGGUUAUUCCUGAAGUUUAUUCUAAUCCUGGUGCAGAUAGUUCAAGGGGAGCUUUUGGUGAUUUAUGGUCUCGAACAUUGAGAAUCAAAAUUACAGGAAAUGACGGUUCUGAAAAACUUGAUGUCAGAAUUCCUGCUGGAUUUCUGGAUGGUAUCACAAAUAUAGUUCCAGCACUGGUGGGUGUAAACCUGAAGGAAGUUUUAGACAAGUCUGGUGACGGAAUGCAAGGAACGGUGUUGGAUUUUAAGGAUAGACUUGGAGAUCGAAUACAAGUAUUUCUGGAGUAAGAGAUGCUGAAUUAUGUCUAUUGUUAGCAAGAGGUACCCUUAACAAGCGAUACGAUAAGCAUAAGCAUACUGCCUGCUCUCAUAAGCAGUUUUAAUGGAUAUAUAGAAUAGUAACUGAUAAGAGCUUUUAGAGCAGAGAAGUCUACUAUUAUGUGAAUGCCGAACACAACUACUACCUAAGUGUUUAUAGACCAUUUUACAGAAUAAAAUGAGAUUUGUUACCAAGUUGUUCCAACUCUGCCCAUUUUCCGCCAAGACUAUGACUACUUUACAAAGUACUUCUAUGUUAUCAGAUGGUCUCUACGGUCCUGUGAGAGAUCGUCUUUCUGAGAGACGUCUCUCAGACCCAGUACAUUAAAGCUUAAUGCCUACUCUUACUCUAUAUUUUCCUUUUUGGGUUGACCCAAUCAGUGGUAGUUUCUCAAAGAGACCGUCUUACAAAAAUUAGUGCUAUGUUAUUUUAUUGCAAUAUUCUUGAGAGGGCUGUUUUGGUUUGUA